CCUCUGUCCUUGCUGCAGAUUGAAAUGCUAGAACACAAGUACGGGGGCCACCUCGUGUCUCGGCGCGCCGCCUGCACCAUCCAAACCGCCUUCCGCCAGUACCAGCUCAGCAAGAACUUCGAAAAGAUCCGCAACUCGCUGCUAGAGAGUCGCCUGCCUCGGCGGAUCUCCCUGCGCAAGGUACGGGCGCCCACCGCCGAGAGCUUGGCGGCAGAGAAGGCGCUCAUGGAAGGCUAUGGGCUCAUGGGGCUGCCGCUGGUGCGCUCGCCCUCCCUGCAGCCCGCCUUCGCGGGCACGCUCACCGAGCUGGAGGACUCCUUCACCGAGCAGGUGCAGUCCCUGGCCAAGUCCAUCGACGACGCCCUCAGCACCUGGAGCCUCAAGACCAUGUGCUCCCUGCAGGAGGGCAGCGCUUACCAGAUCCACCAGGCUCUGCACGCGGGCUCCGGGCAGCCUGGCCUGGAGGCUGAGAUGCAGGAGCCCGAGAGAGCAGGCCCAGGGCCCGGGGAUGAGGCCUCGGAACCUGCCGGCCUGCCCCAGGGCCACGGCGGGACCCUCAUGAUGGCUUUCCGGGACGUCACCGUGCAGAUUGCCAACCAGAACAUCUCUGUCUCCUCCUCCACUGCUCUGUCUGUGGCCAACUGCCUGGGUGUGCAGACAGCCCAGGCCACAGUAGAGCCCGCGGCCAGCAAAGGCGAGCAGGGCGAGGCCCGGGAGGCCCCUGCUGCGGGCCAGGGGGACACGCUGAGCAGCAGCAGCACAUCCACCAAGUCGGCCAAGUCGGGCUCGGAGGUGUCGGCCGUGGCAUCCAAGGAGGCCCUGCAGGCCAUGAUCCUGAGUCUGCCCCGCUACCACUGCGAAAACCCGGCCAGCUGCAAGUCGCCCACUCUCUCUACCGACACCCUGCGCAAGCGGCUCUACCGCAUCGGCCUCAACCUCUUCAACAUAAACCCGGACAAGGGCAUCCAGUUCCUGAUAUCGCGCGGCUUCAUCCCUGACACGCCCAUUGGCGUGGCACAUUUCCUCCUCCAGCGCAAGGGCCUCAGCCGCCAGAUGGUCGGAGAGUUCCUGGGCAACAGCAAGAAGCAGUUCAACCGCGACGUUCUGGACUGUGUGGUAGACGAGAUGGACUUCUCCAACAUGGAGCUGGACGAGGCCCUGCGGAAGUUCCAGGCGCACAUCCGAGUGCAGGGGGAGGCCCAGAAGGUGGAGCGGCUCAUAGAGGCCUUCAGCCAGCGCUACUGCAUGUGCAACCCCGAGGUGGUGCAGCAGUUCCACAACCCCGAUACCAUCUUCAUCCUGGCCUUCGCCAUCAUCCUCCUCAACACCGACAUGUACAGUCCCAACAUUAAGCCGGACCGGAAGAUGAUGCUUGAGGAUUUUAUCCGAAACCUGCGAGGUGUGGAUGAUGGUGCUGACAUCCCCAGGGAGCUGGUGGUAGGCAUCUAUGAACGGAUACAGCAGAAGGAACUCAGGUCCAAUGAGGACCACGUCACAUAUGUCACCAAGGUGGAAAAGUCCAUUGUGGGCAUGAAGACAGUGCUGUCGGUGCCACACCGCCGCCUGGUGUGCUGCAGCCGGCUCUUCGAGGUGACGGAUGUGAACAAGCUGCAGAAGCAGGCGGCACAUCAGAGGGAAGUGUUCCUCUUCAACGACCUGCUGGUGAUCCUCAAACUGUGCCCAAAGAAGAAGAGCACCUCCACGUACACCUUCUGCAAGUCCGUCGGCCUGCUGGGCAUGCAGUUCCACCUCUUUGAAAAUGAGUAUUAUUCUCAUGGCAUCACACUGGUGACCCCUCUGUCGGGCUCAGAGAAGAAGCAGGCGCUGCACUUCUGUGCCCUGGGCUCAGACGAGAUGCAGAAGUUCGUGGAGGACUUGAAGGAGUCCAUCGCGGAGGUGACAGAGCUGGAGCAGGUCCGGAUAGAGUGGGAGCUGGAGAGGCAGCAGGGAAGGAAGAUGCUCUCCUUCAAGGCUGGGGGAGCCCAGAUGGACCCGCAGUCAAAGCAAGGAUCACCCACAGCCGAGAGGGACGCUGCACUGGGGGAGAAGCCCACGGAGAGCCCCGGGGAGGUGUCAAUUCACAACAGGCUUCAAACGUCCCAGCACAACUCCAGGCUGGGGGCCGAGAGGGGAGCGCCAGCUCCAGCACCAGCACCACCGCCAGACCCACAGCCUAGCCCUUUGAGAGAGCAGCCCCUGCCGCUGCCACCGCUGCCGCCCACACCCCCCGGCACCCUGGUGCAGUGCCAGCAAAUUGUCAAGGUCAUUGUCCUGGACAAGCCCUGCUUGGCGCGCAUGGAGCCCCUGCUGAGCCAGGCUCUCUCCUGCUACACCUCGUCCUCCUCUGAUUCCUGCGGCUCCACACCUCUGGGCGGCCCGGGUUCCCCUGUCAAGGUCAUCCACCAGCCUCCGCUGCCCCCGCCCCCACCCCCUUACAAUCACCCUCACCAGUUCUGCCCACCCGGCUCCCUGCUGCACCGCAGGCGCUACUCCAGCGGCUCCAGGAGCCUGGUGUAGCCCUGCCUCCCGCAGCCUGCUGCUCCAGGAAGGUCGGCCACCAGGGGGCCUCAGCUGCCCCUUUGCUGCUCCCCAUAUCCUGGCAUCCGUAGUCACUGUUUGGAAAGAGAACCCUGAUCCCUGGCACUUGGAUUUGCCUGGUCCGGCCACCCUGCCCUUACUCAGCUGAGCAUUCCCCAAACCUGGAGACAGCACCUCCCUCUCCUGGGGCCCCGCACAGCCAGAUGAGGCGAUACCUGUGGCCACCACUCUCCCCAGUCAGACCAUAGAGUGAAGAAACUCAGAGCUGAGGGGCUGAGCAGCUUUCAGGCUUGGGUACUAUUCAUGGCCCAGCCUCAGCCCAUGGGCAGGCUUGGGAGGCUAGGGUGGCUGGCAGUGACAACAGAGCCCCAGGUGGAGGGUGGCUGAGCUGAAUGGAAGAGGGUAGCGGGCAGAAGGCAGAAGGAGGAGCUUGUUCUGCUCCCCUGUCCCCAGCCCAGCCAUCUCAGGAGGCUGCUCCUAGUCCCCAGGGACAUUAGCUGUCCUGGCCUCCUCCCCUCAGGCCCUUCUCAAGAGCUGACUCCAGGAAAGCUUUGAGAAAGGGAGGAGGAGCGAGGAGCACUUGGCUCUCUCUAGUUUAGUUCAGCAGGGCCAUGAGAUUACGAGGUCAUAUAUCUGCAAAAUGCACUUUUUAAAAAGCAUUCAGUAGUUCCCUAGCCCCAAAUAAAACCCAGCCAGUGCCAAAUGCACACAAGUGCUGGCAUGUAAACAUGCACCAGAACCAGGUUAAUUUCAGAAAUGAGUGGAUGGGUGCUGAUCCACCCAGUGGGCGUUCUAGUGGAGGUUCUACUGGGCCCGGAGUCCGGGUUUGUGUUACUCAGCAGCCUCCAGGAAAAACUUGGAUACCAAAGUACACAGGAUCAUGAGGCCCCAGAGGACUCAAGUCUCCCUGCUGCCUCAGCCUUUAAUAGUCCCAAGUGAAGGCACAGAUCCCCUCCAGCGAGACUGGCUGAGUCCCUUAACGUCACAAAGGAGAGCCAAGCAGGGCUGCUGGCCUCCCAGGGUGAGCAGGAGCAGAAAGCCACCCUCAGGUCUCCACGAAGCCUGAGCCUGAGGAGAGACAGCCCAUCCUCAAAGCCACGGGUCAGUGCCCUGGCCACCCCAUCAUGGAGGUUUCAGGAAGUAUCUGCUGCAAGCCCAGCCACACUGUGGUCCUGUGCUUGCAGCUACAGCUGUCCUUCCUCACAGUCCUUCCUCUUGGAGCCUGUUUAUAAAGCCUCCAGGGAGAUGCAAUAGAUAACGGCUACGUCUAAAGUGAAUUGGCUUCUCCAGCCGCACAGCAUGCCCUGGACUGCAGCAUCCUGGGCCAGGGAGGAGGCAAGGAUACUCUCUGCCCUCAGAGGGGCCAGGUGACCUAGUUUCCUGUGUAAGCAUAUGAACACCCAGACGUCAUCAUGAGGUCACUCAGUGAGUUUAUUUCUGGCUCUGUCUUUGUCAGCCUGGUUUCCGUAACUUGGGACCAAUUUGCCGUCUCCCUCCUGACUCCCAGCCCAUUUGUUUCCCCCACACUGGCAGCCUCAGCCCCUCCGGGGACUGUUCUGAACAGAGAUGCUUUCCGAGCCUGGAGGAGUGAGACAGCUGACAAAUGAGGCCAAAAUCCAGACACCUUGCUGCCCUGAGCCAGGGUCUCCAGGGGAGAUGGAGCUGCAGGGGUGGCAGUGGGUGAAUCUUGAGUGAGAGUGCUGAAAAUGGAGUACAAAUUACGAAUAGGAGACAAGGUAUGAGGUAUGAAAGAAUAGAGUAAUGAGUGCAGCUAAAUGUACUUAUGGGGUGGGAGAGAUUGGUGCCAAGGGCUGCUUGAGAAGGGCACAGCCCUAGACAGCUCUGCGCCCACUGUCAGGUCCCUGGUUCCUGCUCACAGUGUGAGCAAAGUGUCCUCCUUCCCAGUUGGCGGGCACAGCAAUGCCUGCCCCUCCCUCCCUCUCAGCCAAAGUCCAACUUCCCUGAUGGCAGCAACCAAGGUUUUAGGGCUGGCUCAUGCACAUUCUCUGGGGCCCUGGAUGUCCAGGCCCCAUCCCCAUCCCCAGGUCAGAGGCUCAUCUUGGCUUGCUGCAAGGUGGCCCUGGGCCCCAUGGGCAACAGGGGCCUCUUGCACAGAAAGAGACCAGCCUGGGGUGGACAGCACAGAGCAGCCUGAACCAGGAAGGGUCUGGACAGGAGUCAGCAGGAUAAGAAACCCCUCUGGCUCUUUCCCAGAGACUGGGGACUUCCUCUCCUUUCCCUAUGGGAGCAGCCACAUCAGGGGCUCCCAGAGGGCCCAGCAGAGAUGCUCAGGGGCCCUCCUGCUCUCCCAAGACUAAGGGCAGUGCAGUGCUGACUGAGCCCCAAGCACCCUGAAACAGCUCCACUUCUUUGACCCUCUAGGCCUUACUCUGGGGUACCUGGCUCCUCUCCCAUUUUAUCCAUUUGGCCCAAGUCCAGAGUCAAGAGUGGGAGAUGCAACUAGCUUCCUCAUCCCUUCCGGGCAAGUCCACUGCCAGACCUGAAGUGGGCCCUGUCUGACACUCGUCCUGGAAGCUGCCUGCCUGCCUGCCUGUCUGUCUGUCUGUCUAGCUCAAAGGUAUCUUGCUCCCACACACACUUAGGUCCUGGACUCUGACUCCCCACCACCCACCCACCUGUCCACCAGAGCCUGCCAGGAUAUCUCUGGUAGGCAAUAGGCUUCCCUGGUGACCAUCUGUCUAUCUGUCCCUGAAUCUGGGGAGGCCUCCCUUCUCACUGAACCCCUCCCUGCGCACACCCUUCACCCUGCUGGAGACACGGCUCUCUAGGUAAAGGCAGGGUGGCUGCACCUAGCAAUUAAUCCAAAUGGCAAAUAUUUUGUAAUAAAAUAGCCCAGAGGUAUUUUAUCUGUUCAAUUCAUAGAGUUUUAGAGAUUAUAUUGAAAUAUGUCACUUGAGGAAA